CUGAUUGGCUGAUUUUCCCCCGGUCAGCUGACACUGUUUGGGUGUAGAAGAGGAAAAUGGCAGCUGAUACCGGGAGAUACAGGAGCGCAGUGACCAAAAGCAAGGACCCUUCCAGUUUAUUAAUCUCUGUUAUAAGGACUCUGUCGAGCAGCGACGAUGUGCAGGACCGCGAGACCGAGAAGAGUCGUCUGGAGGAGGCCUACGAGAAAUGCGACCGUGAUCUGGACCAGCUCAUCGUUCAGCACUACACGGAGCUCACCACGGCCAUCCGCACCUACCAGAGCAUCACAGAGAGGAUCACCAGCUCACGCAACAAGAUUAAACAGGUGAAGGAGAACCUGCUGUCGUGUAAGAUGCUGCUCCACUGCAAGAGGGACGAGUUGAGGAAGUUGUGGAUCGAGGGCAUCGAGCACAAACACGUCCUCGAGCUGCUGGAUGAGAUCGAGAACAUCAAGCAGGUUCCUCAGAAACUGGAGUCCUGCAUGGCUAGCAAACACUACCUACAUGCCACCGACAUGCUGGUGUCAGCAGUGGAGUCUCUGGAGGGGCCCCUGCUGCAGGUGGAGGGUCUGAGUGACCUGAGGCUGGAGCUGCACAGCAAGAAGCUCAACAUUCAUCUGGUGCUGAUCGAUGAGCUGCACCGCCACCUCUACAUCAAGUCCACCAGCCGCGUGGGCCAGAGGGGCAAGGACAAAGGACGGCUCGGAGGGUCUACUCCAAAGGACUCAUCUAUUUUAGAAGUCAGCGGCAUGUCCACUCCGAGGAAACUCACCGAGACGUCCCAGUUCAGCACUCCGGCAGCAUCCAGCAUUCGAGAUUUGCAGGACGAUCUGGACGCAGACCCGGAAGAAAACAGCGCCGAGUUCAUGGGGAUCCUCAUCAAAGCUUUGGCCAAACUCAAGAAGAUCCCUGAGGCCAUUAAAGCCAUCAUGGAGCGCCUAGAGCCAGAACUCAAGCAGAUCCUUAAAAGAUCCACCACCCAGAUCGCAGAUCAUGCCUACCAGAGAGGAGAGAGCCUGGCACAGGACAACCAGCCGAGGCUGCUCCUGGAACUGCUGGAGCUUCUGUUUGACAAGUUUAACGCCGUGGCCACGGCUCACAGCAUCGUUCUGAACCAUCUGCAGCAGAUCGUUGUGUCUCCCAGUGGAGCUCAUGAGGGCAUCAAACUCUACGAGCAGGCCGAUGUCUCUGCCAAGAUCCAGACUGUCCUACAGUUGCUCCUGAUGGACUACCUGGACGUAAAGAACACGCGCAGCGCGGCCGAACCCUCGGCCCAGCUCUCUUACGCCAGCACCGGCGGAGACUUCGGAGCUUUUUUCGGCAAGAAGAAACCGCUUCGACCCAAACAGUCUCUGUUCAAGUUUGAGUCGUCCUCCCACGCCAUAAGCAUGAGCGCGUACCUGCGAGAACAGCGGCGAGAACUUUACAGCAAGAGCGGAGAGCUACAAGGAGGAGCUGACGAUAACCUGAUCGAAGGAGGAGAGACCAAGUUCCUGUGUAAGCCUGGAGCCAGGAACAUCACCGUCAUCUUCCAGCCUUUGCUUAGGUUCAUUCAGGAGAUCGAGUCGAGCAUGGGUCCAGGGAAGCAGUGCCAGCUCCGAACCUUCCUCACCUACUAUAUCAACGAGUUGUUUCUGAACCAAGUGCGUACCGAGACCAAUAAAGAAAUAGAAACGGUCACUAAAGUGGCUGAUCCUCUCAAAAUCCUGGCCAGCGCUGACACCAUGAAGAACCUGGGCGUCCAGAGACCUCUUCUACAGAGCACCAUCAUUGUUGAGAAGUCCAUCCAGGAUCUGAUGAGUCUCAUGCAGGACCUCAGUACUUACUCUAACCAAUUCCUGGAGAUGAUCUGUGACAAGCUCAAAGAGUACAAGGAGAUCUGCAACACCGCCUACAGGAGUAUAGUACAGUGUGAGGAAAAGCUGACCAUCAGUGCCUCCUGGGCCAAAGACGAGGACAUCAGUCGUCUGCUGCAGUCUCUACCCAACUGGUCCAACAUGACUCAACCCCGACAGUUGCGUCAGAAAAGAGAGGACGAGGAGGAUUUUACACGUGCGGCUUUUGCUAAGGAGUCCGAGGUGCUGACGGGGAACCUGGGAGACAAGCUGAUUCCUCCGAGCGAGAUUCUUCGGGAUGUCAGUGACCUGAAGGCUCUGGCUAACCUGCAUGAGAGCAUGGAGUGGCUGGCUGUUUGCCUCAAAGGCUUCUUCUUCAGCCUGCCCCAAAACUCCAGUUCAUCUCCAGGCUCGGACACACAUGCGAGCAGUGAGAGCGCCCGUAAUCGGGAGCACAUCCUACAGACCCUAUCAGACCUAGCCAGGUCUUUUCAGGACAUCGCAGACCGCUGUCUGCUCGUGCUGCACCUGGAGGUCAGAGUGCACUGCUUCCACUAUCUCAUCCCCCUGGCCAAGCAGGGCAACUACGCCAUUGUAGCCAACGCCGCCAGCAUGGACUACGACCCCCUAGUGGUCAAGCUGAAUAAAGACAUCAGCGCCAUUGAGGAGGUGAUGGGAGCCGCGCUGCAGCAGCACAAGUUCCAGUACAUCUUUGAGGGUCUGGGCCACCUGAUCUCCUGCAUUCUGAUCAACGGAGCUCAGUACUUCAAGCGCAUCAGUGAGUCUGGAAUUAAGAAGAUGUGCAGGAACAUAUUUGUGCUCCAGCAGAACCUCACCAACAUCACCAUGUCACGUGAAGCCGACCUGGACUUCGCUAGGCAGUACUAUGAAAUGUUGUACAACGCAGCAGAUGAGUUGUUGAACCUGGUGGUGGAUCAGGGUGUGCGUUACAGCGAGCUGGAGUACAUUAACGCUCUGAGCCUCCUGCACCGAAGCCAGACGGGUGUGGGAGACCUGAGCGUCCAGAACACACGCCUGCAGCGUCUCAAAGAGAUCAUCUGUGAGCAGGCCGCCAUCAAACAGGCCUCCAAAGACAAGAAGAUCACCACUGUGUAACACACACACACACACACUCCUGUAAAAAGCUGUACAUGCCUAUAGCUUAUUUACUUAAUGGGCAACACAAGAAGAUGAAAAAAACACACACUGCAAACAUAUUGUUUACACACACACACACACACACACACACACAAAAUUAGUCUUUAAUGAAAUAAUCCCCUGCAUGUCUCACCAGCCACAGCAUUUUUUUUUUAUUUAUUUUUUUUUUUUUUACUAUUCGAGGACACGAUCAUCUCAUUUUCCUGUAAUAUAAAAGCACUGUUCUCGGUUAGAGACACAAACACACACACGUCCGGUUGUGUCCAUAAUUAUUAUCGUAGACGCCCUGCGAAGUGUCUUGUUGAAGGGAAACACGUUUUUUCUUUUCUUUACUUUUCAUUAAAAACAAGGAUUGAUCACUUAGAACUCUGAACCAUUGAGGUGUGUGUGUGAGAGAGGGGGAGAGAGUGAAAGAGUGAUAGAGAGGGCGAGAGGGAGACAGAGAAAGGGGUAGACGGUGGGAAGAGACAGAAAAAGGGGUAGAGAGGGAGAGACAGAGAGAGGGGGGGAAGAGAGACAUCUAGAGUCUCCAACUACAGCUAUUAAAUCUUUAAUUCACCUCUUUUUUCUUAAGUCUUACUCACUUAGUCUGUCUCUCACUCACUCACUCUCACACACACACACACACACACACACACAUAGCCACAAAUCAUUCAUUCUUUCUGCCCCAUGGUGUUUUUAGUUCAUUAACUCGGAAGAAAAGUGCUUAACAAGAGAGGGAGAAAGAAAGCUCUGUCGAUACAGAAACACGGGCACCAGGCAACGGCGCUCCCCGAAGCCAGCGCAGCAAUACAUCAUUAUGACUCAGUGUCAGGAAUCAAUAGCGGCCUACGGGGGCUGCCGAACGUAUUAACACGGAGAAAACAUCUUUAAUAUUCCGACUUCAUUUCAAUGAUCGCGUGCAUACGGAGACGAAGCGAAGGAGAGGUUGCUGAAAUGUCACAGGAGUGAGGUUCGGUGGAGCGAAGCUGAGAGCUACUUAAACCUGAUUCGCUCAAUUUUUCUUUUUAAUAUAUACAAGUUCAUCACCAAUCCUCCUCAGCAGAAUUCCCACAAACACCAAAAUAUUUUGUAUGCUUUUUUUUCUGAGGGUUUUUUUUUUCACCGUUAAUUUCUUUCUUUGUUUCUGUGUACAAUUAUUUCUUUUGCUUUAAAUGUACCAUGAUUAUUACUCGACCUACUAAAUAUCGAAUGAAAUCUUUCUGUGGCAUUUCAGUUCUGUACAAUAGAGUCAACACGAAAAUAAAUACAACGGACUCCGUCA